GCCCUUUCUGCAUGAAAUGUCUAUAUAUAUUUGUCUCUUUCGUUUUUGGGUCUUCCACGCAGCAACGACAGGAUGGAUUCUGCGCCCAACCAACAGAUACCACUCCCACCAGACCAUCGCUCAACUGCCGGCCUUUUGGCAGAAUACUACAUCCUCGCGGUAAUUGCCCUAGCUCUUGUGGCAUUGCGCGCAUGGGUCCGUCUUCAUCUAACCAAAAACUGGGGAUGGGACGAUACAUGUAUUGUGAUCGCAUGGAUGGCCCUUCUGGCCGGCUUGGUAACUAUCCAGCUCGAAUGUAACCUAGGCAUGGGCCGACAUGUCAUCUACCUCAAAGACCCUGUGCGCGACGUGCUCCAAAUGGUCAAAAUCAACACAAUGUACCAGAUGAUCAACGUCAUCUGCGCUCUGGUAACCAAGUACUCCAUCAGCCUCUACAUCCUCCGAAUCCGAAGUAACCGGGCUAUCCGCUGGGCCUUAGCAUGGCUUAUGUUCUUUAUGACACUAGCCACUAUUGGCGCAGUGGUCAUCCUCGCAGUCGCCUGCAUCCCAUUAUACAAAUUAUGGACUCCAGAAGCACCCGGCAUCUGCCUUCCCCCCAAAUCCGUCUACGGCGUAGCCUACAUCCACUCCGGCUUCACCAUUGUCGUCGACCUCUGCCUAACAUCAGCCCCUGUCAUCAUCUUGUGGGAUGUGAAGAUCAAACGUGGCCGCAAAACCCUAAUCUGCGGCCUGCUUAGCCUGGGUCUCAUCGCCACCAUCUCAAACGCUCUGCGAAACGUCUACACAGAGUCGCUGACUGCCCCGGAUAUGCCAUACGCCAUAACAAAUAUCGCCAUCGUUUCGAUCCUAGAGGUAAACAUCGGCAUCAUCGCCGCAUGUAUCCCCGCCUGCGUUCCCGCAUUCCGGCCCAAGAAGGAGAAGCCUGCGCCGGUGACGAAUAGCUUCCAUGAUGCGAAGGUGUCGGGGAAUAAGAAGUCAGGGAGUAAGUGGAGCAACCACGAGGAGGGGACCUCGAGUUUGUCGUAUGCGGAUCUUACCUCUGAUACUGUUGCGCUGUGCGAGGUUAAGACGCCGGCUAAUGUGGUGACGACGGCUGUCUGA